UUAAACUGCUACAGUUUUUACUAAAACCUAAGUUACUUUCUAACAUCCCCACCUCUGAGACCAAUCAUUUAGAGUUGUGGGCAGGUAGGAUGACUCUGCUUUCGAGAAUUAGGACAAUACUGAAAUCCAAAGAAGAGAAAGCAUUCAUAAGGAAUGGAAGCAUUUUAUUACAGGAGCUCGUUGCCUUUUGUAAUGGCAAAUGUAAUCCUAUUUGUGGCUUCUCUGCCAAGGAGCUCAAGAGAGCAACAAACAACUAUGACCUGCGACGAGUUUUACAUAAGAAUAGAUUUUACAAGUUCUACAAAGGUCUUCUGAGAGACCAACCAGUGCUCAUUAAGAAGUUUAAAGGCAAUUUUGAACGAUGCGAAGUUGUUUUCAAUGAGAUUGUGGUUGCAUCGCUGAUGAGUGUCCAUAAGAAUGUCUUGAAGUUGUUGGGAUGCUGCUUAGAGACUAAAGUUCCUACUCUAGUAUUUGAAUUUGCAGAGAGCGGAAAUCUUGGUGAUCAAGUUUCUAGGCAGAAUAAUAACUGUCAUUUUCAGCCUUUAUCAUGGAGAUGUAGAUUAAAAAUUGCAAUGGACAUUGCCAAUGUGGUUGCUUACCUCCACACUGCAUUCCCCAAGCCUAUCAUCCAUAGAGAUAUCCGCUGCUUGAAUAUCUUCCUGAGUGAAGACUGUACGGCCAAACUAUCGGAUUUCUCUGUGUCAAGGUCAUUUUCUGAUGAUGAAGUGGAUGUAAAGGAUGAAGUGCCAGAAAUAAUGGGACUUACUACAGCUGAGUAUAUGGCUAAGCAGGAUGUUUGUAGCGUUGGUAUUCUUAUGUUAAUUCUUUUGACUGGACAAAAUGAAAUCUGCAAAGACCCUCUUGAAAACAAUAAAAGAAUCUAUAUAGCAGAUUACGUUAGAAAAUAUGACUUCGAUGAGAUUUUGGAUCCCAUGAUUUUCAAAGAGAUGUUGCUUGAGGAAGUGCAGCAAGUGGAAGCUUUUAAAGCACUUGUCAUGAACUGCAUUUGCGAAUCAGCAGGAGAUAGGCCAACAAUGACUGAUGUGGCAAAGGAGCUCAGGCGGAUUAAUCAAAGGAGCUUUACGCAGGAUAUUGUCCACAUUACAAACUGCAGAGAUUCAAGUUCUCCAACAAAUAUAGACUAGCCUAGAACUUGAGAUCGAUGUGUUGUUGGAGAAAUUUUUAACACUGUUAAAACCUUAUGUUUAGCUUGGGUAGUGUUUAGUCAAUAAAAACUGAAUGUUCAUGUUAUUAAAUUGUUAAUGUUUAAUGUGCACAAGAAAUCCGAUAAUACAAAAGAUCCUAAAUUCAAAACUC